CUCACCGAGAAAUUGCGAAAUCUGACAAUGGAACGUGACAAAGUAGCUCAAAAUAGAGCUGAAGUUGAAGAUCAGCUGAGACAGCAAAAGGAAGCGUUCAGUAAUCUUCAAAACACAUUGCAACAAUCUCUUGUGCAAGAAACAACGAUGCGAACAAAGGUUGAGAAAGAUCUUCGCAUGAAGUCCGAUGAGGUCUCAAGUCUCCAGAAUAACAUCGAGUCGUUGACAGUCAAAUCCGCCGAGAUGGAGAGUGCUUUAGACAAGCUAAAAUUGGAGUUGACUGCCAAACUUUCAGAGUUGGACGAUGUUCGGAAAGAGAAAGAUAAAGCCGAUGUGGGGAAACAGACAGCGGAGAGUCAGGUGUCAACGCUAACCUUGCAGUUGCAAGAAAUGGAGAAGAAAAUAGCUGCUUCGAAUCAGACUUUAGAAGAGCAAGCCAAACAAAGAAUUUCUGACUACGAGGCUCAAACUGUUAAACUAAAUGGAGACUUAGUAGCAGCCACUCAUAAGCAAAACGAAUUGACUCGAGAGUUGGCACUCAAUGUGGAAGAUUUGUCCCGCACGAAAGCUGAGCUCAACAAGUCAACCAAUGAGUCUGUUUUCUCGUAUUUCUUCUCAAGAUUACGUUAG